CCCCUGAUUUGGCGUUGAUUCUAAAUGCUGUGCCUUCUCCCGUACGCUUUUUGAUCUUUCACGCCAAGACAUCUCUCUCUCUCUCUCUCUCUCUCUCGGCACGUACGCUUCUGUUUUCUAAAAUCCAUUCCAUGGACUCUCUUCAACCAAACCCUAGCCCCCAAUGGCUUCCCUAGACGAGUCUCAACAACAACCCCUUUCUAUCCCCCCUCCUCCUAAAACCCUAGAUCAGGAUCCCACUCACUAUUUUCCCCAAAAUACUCCCGAGAACAAUGUCUCUUUUCCCACCUCUGACGACCACAAGCCCGAUUUCCCAAAACCCUUCCUCUCCGAUAAUGGCUUCACCAAUACCCACAGCGGCACCACCGACAAGGACCACUCCGGCGGUGAAGAGGAAACCACCAGUCGCCGCCGUCGCCGACGCAGCCGAUGGGAUCCACAACCGGAUUCCAACGACAAUAACCACCAAAACGGCGAAGAUUCCGGCAGUGGAACGAGGAAGAGGAAAUCUAGGUGGGCCGACGACGACCCCAAGCCGUCCAUGCCGAUUCAGCUUCCCGAUUUCAUGAAAGAACUCACCGGAGGUAUUGAAUUCGAUCCUGAAAUUCAAGCUUUGAAUAGUAGGCUUUUAGAGAUUAGUCGGAUGCUAUCGUCCGGUUUGCCUCUAGACGAUAGACCAGAAGGGGCUCGGUCCCCUUCGCCCGAACCAAUAUAUGAUAACAUGGGCAUUAGAAUUAACACUAGGGAGUAUCGUGCCAGAGAGAGAUUGAACAAAGAGAGGACUGAUAUUAUCUCUCAGAUUAUAAAACGGAACCCGGCUUUCAAGCCACCGGCAGAUUAUCGGCCCCCAAAGCUUCAAAAGAAGCUUUACAUACCGAUGAAAGAGUACCCUGGAUAUAAUUUUAUUGGCCUUAUUAUUGGGCCAAGAGGGAAUACGCAGAAGAGGAUGGAGAGAGAGACGGGUGCCAAGAUUGUAAUUCGGGGAAAAGGAUCGGUGAAGGAGGGUAGGUUGCAACAGAAAAGGGAUUUGAAGAUGCCGGAUCCUUCUGAGAAUGAGGACUUGCAUGUGCUGGUAGAGGCGGAGACGCAGGAUGCGCUUGAUGCUGCGGCAGGGAUGGUGGAGAAGCUGUUGCAGCCGGUUGAUGAGGUGUUGAAUGAGCAUAAAAGGCAGCAGCUAAGGGAGCUGGCUGCCUUGAAUGGGACCAUAAGAGAUGAAGAGUUUUGUAGGUUGUGUGGUGAGCCAGGUCAUCGCCAGUAUGCAUGCCCCUCGCGUACUUCAACUUUUAAGAGCGAUGUGUUGUGUAAAAUAUGUGGUGAUGGUGGGCACCCUACUAUUGAUUGUCCAGUAAAAGGGACCACUGGGAAGAAGAUGGAUGAUGAGUAUCAAAACUUUUUGGCAGAGUUAGGAGGGACGGUUCCUGAGUCAGCAACUAAGCAAAACAGUAUGUUGGCACUUGGCGCAGGACCUGGAAAUUCAGGAAGCAAUCCUCCUUGGGCUAGUAAUGCUGGCAAUGCUGCUAGUGCAUCACAAGCAGGGUUAGGUUCAAUUGGAGUCAAACCUACCAAGGAAAUUGAUGAUACAAACUUGUAUAUUGGUUAUCUGCCACCUACGCUUGAGGAUGAUGGUCUGAUCAGUUUGUUUUCACCUUUUGGAGAUAUCGUGAUGGCUAAGGUUAUCAAGGAUCGGGUUACGGGAUUGAGCAAAGGGUAUGGUUUUGUGAAGUAUGCAGAUGUUCAAAUGGCCAAUAAUGCAACUGCGAGCAUGAAUGGUUAUCGUCUAGAGGGGCGGACUAUUGCUGUGAGAGUUGCUGGUCGGCCGCCUCAGCCUGUCGUGCCUCCUGGCCCACCAGCCUCAGCAAUGUCCUCAUAUCCAGUUUCAAGUCAGCCCCAUGGUGCCUAUCCAUCUCAGCAAUUUACAGCAGGUGGUCCUUUUGGGAAUGCACCACCUGGAAGUUUUGGAAUGACUCCAGUUCCAUGGGGAUCUCCUGUUCCUCCUCCCUAUGCUCCUUAUGCACCUUCCCCUCCUGGUUCAACCAUGUAUCCUCCUCCUGUCCAGGGUCAACCUAUGCCACCUUAUGGUGUACAGUAUCCUCCACCACCUGUGCAACCAGUUCCUCCUGGUGCACCGUCUCAGCCUGCAACUUCAAGUGAAGCACAACAGAGUUAUCCUCCAGGAGUGCAAUCUGAGAACAGUACUACACAAUCUAUGCCAACCAAUAUAUAUGGGAACCCUUUAGCUGCAAUGCCACAACCUUCAUAUUCCACAUCUUCAUAUGGCUAUUCAAAUUAUUACAGCGCUGUCCCCCCGCCACCUCCUCCUCCUGCAUCUGUUCCUAGCUCAACAGGUGACCAAUCACAGAGCAUUGGGAACAUGCCUUGGGCCACAAAUCCACCUUUGCCUCCUCCUGUUUCUUCGGCUGAGAAGACAACAUAUGGUGCAGAUGCAGAGUAUGAGAAGUUCAUGGCAGAGAUGAAAUAAGUUAGCCCCUUUUCUGCAAAAAGUCAAUGAGGCUGAUGUUUCAUGGAGAUCUUGUGAACCUGAUUUCUUACCUCUUGCCAUGAUUUUGUUGGAAGUUGGGACUCACAUCUUUAACCUUGCUGUACUGUUAUGACAUUUGCAGAAACUUGGACAAAGUUCAGAUCGUGGAGUGUUGUAUUGGAGAAGCCACUUUAAAGCAUAUUGUUAUGAUUAUUAUUAUUGUUAAUCUAUGUGCUCUUGUAGGACUCUUUCUGUGGUGGUUUCUUAUUACUUUCUAGAGAAUGUCUGUUUUUC